ACUGUUUAUCUGUAUCAUUAUCAUUUCAAAAUUGUUAUCAAGGAAUUACUGUUUAAGUUGGAAUUAUUUUCAGAAUCACAUAAGAAUUCAUCAUGACCAGAGCCAAGUUGGAAUUGGGAGAAAUUACUCAUCAUAAUAUAAAACAGCUCAAACGAUUAAAUAAUGUUGUUUUUCCUGUAUCAUAUAACGAGAAGUUUUAUAAAGAUGUUCUAGAGGCUGGAGAAUUAGCUAAAUUAGCAUAUUAUAAUGAUAUUGUGGUUGGAGCUGUGUGUUGUCGAAUAGAUCAAGAAAUUGGUCGUCGACUUUACAUAAUGACUUUAGGAUGCUUAUCACAAUAUAGAAGACUUGGUAUAGGAAGUAUGAUGGUUGAUCACGUUUUAAAUUAUGUUGAAAAUGAUGGUACAUUUGAUAGUAUUUAUUUACAUGUUCAAUUGAACAAUGAUAGUGCCAUACAAUUCUACAAAAAAUUUGGCUUUGAAAUAGUUGAAACAAAAGAGCAUUACUAUAAAAGAAUAGAUCCUGCAGCUGCAUAUGUAUUGGAAAAACGUUUGCGACCUAAAACAUUAAAUGGGAAAAAUGAACAUCUUUCAAAUAACAAUAAAAAAGAUUAAACUCUCAAAA